AGGGGGAAGCUCUACUGUGUAGCCUGAUGAGCAAGACUGUUAUCCAUCACUACCACUUCCACAGACCUAUACGUGCCAUUAAAUUCAGCCCUGAUGGAAAGAAGUUUGCAGUUACGAAAGAGAACAUGGUCCAGGUUUUUCAUGCACCUGGCAAAUCUCCUGAUUUUAAUCCAUUCAACCUAUAUCGAACAUUCUAUGGGGCAUAUGACCAAACAGUCUGUAUAGAUUGGACCACUGACUCACAAGCUUUCUGUGUGGGAGCCAAGGAUAUGAACACUCGGGUAUACGGGACUCAUCGAUUUCAAAACCUCAUCAUUUACUCACUAGGUGGCCACAGUGAUUGCAUUGUGGGAUCAUUCUUUGACAACGAAUCUCUGGAUUUAUACACGGUGAGUCAGAAUGGUCAUGUUAACUUCUGGGAAUGUGACACUCAAUUAGAUGAACUGAAGAUUUAUGUGGAACCAGAGGAACCAUCCUCAGAUGAGGAGGAUGAGGAGGAUGAUGUGACUGAUAAAAAGAAAGUAAAAACAGAUGAAGUUCGACAAGGGGAUGAGAACAAAACGGGAAAAGAGCAGAUAAAAUACAAACGAAUAGCAAAGCAUAACUUUAAAGCAGCCAGGGGUGAAGGUGCUGGGUUUGCUAAACUCAUGUCCGUCGACUACCAUAAAAGAACACAUAUCCUCGUAACAGGAUUCCAAGAUGGAGCAUUCUUUCUUCAUGAGAUGCCUGACUUCAACAUGAUACAUUCACUCAGUAUAUCUGAGCAGACCAUAUCUAGCGUCCAGUUCAACAGUAGUGGAGACUGGCUGGCCCUGGGGUGUCAGGGGGUGGGGCAGCUCCUUGUCUGGGAGUGGCAGAGUGAGAGCUACGUCAUGAAACAGCAGGGACACUUCAACAACAUGACGUGUCUGGCAUACUCACCAGAUGGCCAGUACAUCGUGACAGGUGGAGACGAUGGCAAGGUUAAAGUGUGGAACACGACAAAUGGUUUCUGCUUUGUUACCUUUAACGAACACAUGGCAGGUAUAACAGGUGUGACAUUUACACAAAAUGGCCAGGUAGUCCUUUCAUGCUCACUAGAUGGCACUGUCAGAGCCUUCGAUCUUAACAGGUACCGUAACUUCCGAACAUUUACCUCCCCUCGUCCUGCCCAGUUCUCUUGCCUUGCUGUUGACUCCAGUGGUGAUGUUGUUUGCGCAGGAAGCCUGGACUCAUUUGAAAUAUAUGUUUGGUCAAUGCAGACAGGACGACUUCUAGAUGUGUUGUCAGGACAUGAAGGACCAAUCAGCUCGCUCAGUUUUAGUCUCAGCACCGCCAUCUUGGCUAGUGCAUCCUGGGAUAAAACAGUGAAAUUAUGGGAUGUGUUUGAACAUAAAGGAUCAAAAGAAACAUUAACACUGAAUUCAGAUGUUCUUGCAGUUGCUAUGCGACCAGAUGGUAAAGAGGUUGCCAUAGCAACCCUAAAUGCCCAGAUCUCAUUCUGGGACGUGACAAAUGCUGUUGAGACCCACAAUAUAGAGGGCAGGCAUGAUAUUGGCUACACACGGAAAGAACUUGAUAAAAUUACUGCCAAGAAGUCAGCCUUUGGAAAGGCAUUCAGUGCUCUAUGCUACACAGCAGAUGGUACAUGCAUCUUGGCAGGAGGCAGAUCUAAGUAUGUCUGUAUAUAUUCCAUACAGGACCAGUUACUCAUGAAGAAGUUUGAGAUAUCUCAGAAUAAAUCAUUUGAUGGAACGGAGGAAUUCCUGGAUCGUCGCAAGAUGACAGAAUGGGGCAGUAUGGCAAUGGUGGAAACUGGAGAAGGCGAUAAAGAUGGCACUGUCAUCAGUCUGCCUGGGGUCAAGAAAGGUGACAUGAGCUCCAGAAAUUUCAAACCAGAAGUGAGAGUUUCUGCUCUACAGUUCUCCCCUACAGGUCGUUCCUGGUCAGCUACCACUACAGAAGGUCUCCUGACAUACUCAUUGGAUGGCAGCUUGAUGUUCGAUCCAUUCCAGUUAGCCAUGGACGUCACACCAGAGAACACCCGGCGCCACCUGGAGAGCAAGGAGUAUGUCACUGCAAUCAUGAUGAGCUUCAAACUGAAUGAGGAGAAUCUUAUAAAGGAAGUGGUGGAAAAUGUUCCAGUCGAAAAUAUUGAGUAUAUCUGUGGUAACCUUGCUGAAGUCUAUGUGGACAAACUACUGAGUUAUAUUUCUACAGAGGUCGAAAAGUCACGUCACAUAGAGUUUUACCUGCACUGGGUAAAACAUCUGCUUUACCAACAGGGCCCUAGACUGAAACAGCGAUCUUUAUCAAUCAUGGCAACGCUCACAAAUUUGCAGAAAAAUCUAACUAGGAAAUAUGAGGAUCUGUCUAAAAUGGCUGAUUUUAACAAGUACACAAUGCAGUUUAUAACAUCCAUGGCAGAAACAUACAUACUGCGGCCAGCGGCAGACGCUCAGGAAGAUGCUAGUGCAAAUAUGUCAGAUCAGGAAGAGACUGUUGCUGAUUUAAGUGAUUCUGAUGAAGACAUUCUCAGUACUAUUAGACAUGAAAAUGUUGUUGCUGAAUCAGACAGUUCUGAAUCUAUGGAGACUUGAUAGGGGAUUAGGGGAUCUUAAUUUUAAAAAAUUCUCUGUAGCAAUGAUAAAAAAACAAUACUGAAUAAAGAGCAGAAAAUGG